AUGGGAGGGUGUGAGGAAUUGAAGUUGUUAGAGAAUGAGGAGACGAAGGAUGAGGCUUUUUCAGAAUCAGCGGAUAUUAUUUUGCCAUUAACAACCAAAGAGGGAAUGGAGGAUGGGGAUUUGAGGCGCCGUUUAACUAGUGAGAAAACAGAGGUUCGGAAUUUCCUCGGUCGAAAUAUUCGGUUGCAAGGCGUUACAUUAACAAACCAAGAUCUUCUUCAGUUGCUUGAUAAAUGGAUCUCAAACGAAGCUUAUCAUAACCUGGAGACUCUAACCAUUUACGUAGACGCUCCAAAUACUUUAAUCAACGAAGAUCUGAUACGACAGACGAUUGCAUUUGAGGAAUACGAUACGAACAUGCCGGAAAAGAGACCUGAUCGUUUCAUUUUUGACGUACCUAUCACUCCGAAGAAGUAUUCUCUCAGAGACCCAGAGUUCUAA